CAGUGGUCAGAUGUAGUGCAGUAAAGAGUGGUAGUAGUAGGGGGAGAAAUGUAUUGGCUAGAAAUAUUUAAAUAAUUUACCGGUAGUUAAUUUCAAUUUCGAUUUAUUGUAGUUUUUUGAACUGCAAUAAGUCCAUUAAGGAUUUAGUUUAGUUUUCUGUGUUUCUGUGAAUGGGUAUUUCAAAAUAAAAAUGUUUAACAUCCAGAUUUUGAUAUUGUGCAGUUACGUACUAACAGCUUUCUCAAAUCCGAUAGAAGAAUCAACAAAAGAUGCAGCUAUUACCACUCUAAUUAAAGAAUUUAAUCUAAAACCCUUUCAAAACAAGAUGGUUCGAAAUAAAAGUUUAAGUGAAAUAGACAAUGAAAAAACUAGCCAGUACUGGAAAUCCAAUGGAUUGAGAGCUGUGAGAGAUAGAUUACGUUUGCAUCCAAAUUUCAAUACCGCCCGAAAUGUAAUAUUAUUUCUUGGUGAUGGCAUGUCGAUUCCUACGAUAGCUGCUACCAGGGUUUAUUUAGGAGGAGAAGAAAUGUCGUUGUCAUUUGAAGAGUUUCCUUAUACAGGUUUAUCAAAGACCUACUGUGUUGACCAUCAAACGGCAGAUUCAGCUUGCUCAGCAACUGCAUAUCUAGGAGGAGUUAAAAGUAACUCGGGAACAAUAGGUGUUACAGCUGCAGUAAAUAAAGAAAAUUGCACCGCCAUGAACAUGAAGGAAAACCAAGUCGACUCAGUGGCAAGACUAUUUCAAAUGAAAGGGAAGAAAACGGGUUUGGUAACCACCACUAGAGUUACCCACGCUUCACCAGCAGGAGUAUAUGCCCAUACUGCUAAUCGUCAUUGGGAAUCAGAUGCUGACGUAGUUAAAGAUAAAGCUGAUCCCAAUAAAUGUGAAGAUAUUGCACAUCAGUUGGUUUAUGGAAAAACUGGACAAAAACUGAAUGUAAUUUUAGGCGGAGGAAGACGAAAUUUUAUACCACAGGAUAAAAUUGAUGAUGAAGGCUCUAAAGGACGCAGAACAGAUGAACUCAAUCUAAUUGAACAAUGGCAAAAAAUCAGAAAGCAACGCGGAGAUAAACACGAAUAUGUUUGGAACAAGAAACAGUUACUGCAAAUUUCAAACGAUACCGAGUAUCUUUUAGGAUUAUUUGAACCUGGCCACAUGCAAUACAAUAAAGAAAGGGAUACAGAAACAGAUCCGUCUUUGGAAGAAAUGACCGAACAAGCUAUAAAAGUAUUAAACAGGGGUAAUUCAAACGGUUUCUUUCUAUUUGUUGAAGGAGGAAGAAUUGAUACAGCUCAUCAUAGAAAUUGGGCGCACAAAGCCUUGGACGAAACUGCUGAGUUUGCCAAGGCUGUUAAAAAAGCAGUUGACAUUACUAAAGAGGAAGAAACUCUUAUUAUUGUUACAGCUGAUCACGCACAUACAAUGAGUUAUGCUGGAUAUGCCGCUAGGGGCAGUGAUGUUUUUGGCUAUGCUGGCAAAGGAAGCGAUAACGAUCUUUAUUCCAUAUUGAAUUAUGCUAAUGGACCAUCGUACAAACCAUUAACCGAGGAUGGAAAAAGAUAUGUAGCAUCUCAAGAAGAAAUGAAUGAAAUUAGUUUUCAAUGGCCAGCCACCGUGCCAAGAUUCAAGGAGACCCAUGGAGCUGAUGACGUAGCCAUUUUCGCUAAAGGUCCAUGGUCUCAUCUGUUUACAGGAGUAAUGGAAGAAAAUGUCAUACCUUACUUGAUCCAGUUUGCUGCUUGCGUUAGCACAGACAUACCAUGCUUGGAAAUAAAUCAGAAGUUACCUUAAACACCGUAGCUAAAACGAUGUGUAUACAAUGUCUUAAUUCUGUGAUAUAUGUAUUAUUAAAAUAAAUUAUUUAUUUAUA